CCUCCUCCCUCUCUCUCUCUCUCUUUCCUUUUCUAUUUGCCAUUCCCCUCUUCUCCAGCCACAAGCCCACAGCCAACAUGUCAGAGCAUCGUCUGAUGGUGGAGGAACUCAAUGAGCUUUUGGCCAACGACAGUGGGUUUUACAGUCUCCCGACACAGCACUGCAAUGAAGUUUAUCCCAAGAUCUAUGUGGGCAAUGCGUUUGUGGCACAAAAUCUGAUGAGGCUCGAGCGGUUGUCAAUAACUCACGUGUUGAACGCCGCGGAAGGGAAAUCCUUCAUGCACGUCAAUACCAAUGCGGAGUUCUACUCUGACACAAGGAUCGUCUACCAUGGGAUCAAAGCCAACGACACGGAAGCCUUCAAUCUCAGCGCCUACUUCGAAGAAGCCUCAGACUUCAUCGACAAGGCGUUAGCGCAAAAGGAUGGACGAGUGUUUGUCCAUUGCAGGGAAGGAUACAGUCGAUCUCCCACUCUCGUCAUCGCUUACCUGAUGCUCAGACACCACAUGGAGGUGAAAACUGCCCUUCUUACCGUCCGCCAGAAAAGAGAAAUCGGCCCGAACGACGGGUUUCUCAAGCAGCUGUGUCAGCUGAACCAGAAACUGGUGAAGGAGGGGAAGCUUAAAUCUUAAAAUAACUUUAGUUUAUACUCAAAUUACAGCCGGUGCCUGGCUGGUAGGGAUUGACAGAUUAUCCAAGGUAGUGUGUGUGUGUGUGUGCGUGUGUGUAUGUGUG